AUGACAAUGACGAUGACUGACAAAAGCAAGAAAUUAUCACGUUGGUACUUUGGUGGUGUUUCUUCUGCAGCUGCUGCAUGUGUAACACAUCCACUAGAUUUACUUAAGGUUCACCUACAAACUCAACAAGAAGGGAAAAUAUCAAUUGCACGUUCGACUGUAGGAAUAAUUAAAAAACAAGGAAUAUUAGCUUUAUACAAUGGACUUAGUGCUUCUUUACUUCGCCAACUUACAUAUUCUACAAUAAGAUUUGGAGCAUAUGAGGUCGGCAAACAGACGCUUGAAACACCUGGCCAUCCAUUACCCUUUUAUCAAAAGUUACUAUUAGCAGGAGUUUCUGGUGCUACAGGUGGUGUUUUUGGAACUCCUAGCGAUGUAAUUAAUGUACGUAUGCAGAAUGAUAUCAAGUUAGCGCCAGAACUAAGAAGAAACUAUAAACAUGCUUUGGACGGACUGUUGCGUGUAAUUCAACAAGAAGGACUUCGUCAUUUAUUUAAUGGAUGUUCCACCGCGACUAUAAGAGCAUCGCUGAUGACUAUUGGACAAUUGAGCUUUUACGAUCAAAUAAAAAUGACGUUGUUACAGAGUGGAUAUUUUCAAGAUAAUCCUUCGACUCAUGUUUUAUCUAGUGUAUCAGCUGGUGCUAUUGCAACAACACUUACGCAACCUUUAGACGUCCUGAAGACACGAGCAAUGAAUGCUAAGCCUGGUGAAUUUAAAAGUCUGAUUGAAAUCUUCCUGUAUACUGCCAAAUUAGGACCUCUUGCUUUCUUCAAAGGCUAUGUACCUGCAUUUAUUCGGUUAGCGCCGCAAACUAUUCUUACAUUUGUAUUUCUUGAACAACUUAGAUCGAAUUUUGGAUUUUAUCCACAAACUACAAAACAGUCGUUAUAAAUUUGAAACUGACGUUGAAAAAUUUUAGUUCUUAACAUCAAUUUGUCAAAGAUAUCGAAACAGAUCUGUUUUAUGACAAUUCAUACAGGGUACAAGUUGAUACAAAUGCCAUACUUUAUUAUAUAUAUGACAAGUACAUUGCUUAUAUUGCUAUUAUUAUAGACAGGUGAUUACUGCUUAUAUUAUGUAAACUAUUGUCUAAACACAAAACAUUCCGUACAAAUAUUUAUUAAUUGUUUACGAAUAAUUUAAACUCUAUUGUGUUAGUGCCAAGAAUUUAUAGUUACAUAAUAUAUAUAUAGUAUUA